CUGCUGUCAUCAAACUAUACACAAAAUCAAAAUUUAAAAAGGCUCCCUGGGACACAGUCUUACCAUCCCGUUGGUGUCUUCUCUGUAAUGCGGAUCAUUUUUAGCAGCCUCGCACAUUAAAAACACACAGACUGCGUGUAGUGUAAGUUGUGAACCCGCUGACAGCUCUGAGUGACUGGUGCGUUUGAAGGCGGAUGGGAGGCGGAGGAGUGUGUCCAAUGGCGCGGCUGAGGAGGCGGUGUACGAUGACAGAGAGAGGCGGGCUGCAGCAGCCAGCUGUUGGAAAGCAGCGCUCCUGAACCAUCCGCUACUUGUGCACCAGGUGAAUAUCUCUGCAUCAGCGCGACAACACAACACAAGACUUCAUUAAGACAUCUCUGUGUUGUUGUUUUUUAUUCCUCUGUAGCUGCGACUUUUCCUGUUUGUUUGUUUGUCUGGUGUCGAGCCGGCGCGUGAAACUCAGACAGAAGGAGAUCGAGAGCAGGUGAGGUGUCCAAGUGUCAGACAGCAGAAAAAAUGGGACGGAAGAAAAUACAAAUUUCUCGUAUUCUGGACCAGAGGAACAGACAGGUGACUUUCACCAAGCGUAAGUUUGGCCUGAUGAAGAAGGCGUAUGAGCUGAGCGUGCUGUGUGACUGCGAGAUCGCCCUCAUCAUCUUCAACAGCACCAACCGUCUGUUCCAGUACGCCAGCACAGACAUGGACAAAGUGCUGCUCAAGUACACCGAGUACAGCGAGCCACACGAGAGUCGCACCAACACCGACAUACUGGAGACCCUGCGUAGGAAAGGCCUCGGUCUCGACGGCUCAGAGCUCGACAGCGAGGAGAGCAUGCAGGUGGCUGCAGACAAAUAUCCUCUGAGCGAGGGCAUGGAUCUUUCUGUGGCUCGCCAACGCUUCUAUGGCCCGUCCCUCCUCUCACCUGAGGCCCAGUUCCUGGUGUCUGCAGGCUGUGAGAACGGUUUCCCCAACUCCUCUGGAUCCAGCACGGCCUCCCACAGACCUCCGGGCUUCAAAUCUCUGAGCUCCAGACCCGGCUCUGCCAGCCCUGCUGCGCCACAUGCACACACUGCGUUCAUGUCUCCACACUCAGGUAUCGGCUACUCUAUGUUCUCACAUGGUAACCUGAAUCGAGCUCUGGACAUGAAAAGUCCACCUCCUCUGAACCUGGGCGGUGAGAACCUGCGGGGGGAGGCCGCUAAUCAGGGCAUGGGGGCCACACGUGCUAACCACAGCUCCGCUAGGGGGGUUUUGUACCAGGGUCUGCACAGCAGCAGCUCCAUGGUAGCCAUGGGGAAGGCAGGGCUGCUGGGUCACAGUUUGGGCGGCUAUGGCCUCCCCUCUCCUGGAGCCUCUGAGUACAGCCAGCCUGGUUUUUAUCACUCUGUUAGUCUACAGCGAGGAGCAGUGAACCCCUGGCAGCCAGCACAGCCGCCUCAGGAGCCCCAUGGGCCUCAUAUAGGCCCAGGGAUGUCCAGCGGAGGGUGCUCCUUCCCCUCCCAGUCCUGCUCCUCAACCUCUCCACAUCUGCCCUCCCUCAACCUAAGCAUCAAAUUGGAGCGGAGCUCUCCUGAGCACAUGUCCUCACCCACCUCCCCUCCUCUACACCACCUCAGGCAGCACUCUCCAAUGAGUAACCCCGACUCGGCUUGCCAAACCCCUCCAGAAGCCCGUCCGGCUAAUGAGGCGAAGGAGUUUCCCAAAGCCGGCUACCCACAAGACGAAGAGGAAGGAGGGCAGCCGCUCAGGCAGUUAGAGAUAAGUGAUGGGUGGCAGAGAUAGCUGGCUGCUGCAGUCUAACACCAUCUCCCAUUCAAUCAGCUAUCUUCCAUCAAAACCAGUCCUCUCUUACACACACACACACACACACACACA